UCUGAAGUGGGACCUUGACACCAAUAGUUCUUUUCCGCUCUCGCCCGAGGCCGCGAAGCUCGUAAAUAGUACUGCUGUCUGAAUCUCUCGCGCAACAAUACCCAUCUUCUGCACCUCACAAUGGACGCACUACCUUCAUCAUAUCGGCUGCUUGCCGCUCUCCCUGCACGAUUAUGCGCACGCCGCCCACUUCCCUCACAAUUGCGCGCUGCGCGCGUAGCACCACCACAUUGGCGAUUCACAAAGCAAAUACGGAGCAUCAGCGCGGUAGCAGGCAAGGCGCCAACGAUUGACCGAUCAAAGUCAAAGCUUUUCGAUAGCGCCGAUGAAGCUGUCGCAGAUGUACAAUCUGGCUCUACAAUACUCAGCGCAGGUUUCGGACUCUGUGGUGUCGCAGAAACACUUAUUCAGGCCCUGCAGAAGCGCGGCCCAGAAUCGUUACACUCGUUGACUGCCGUAUCCAACAACGCUGGUAUCGAGGAUGUCGGUGGACUUGCACAUCUUACGAAGAAUGGACAGGUCAACAAGUUGAUCAUCAGUUUCUUGGGCAACAACAAGGCGCUUGAGAAGCAGUACCUGAGUGGUGGCAUCGAGAUUGAGCUUUGUCCGCAGGGUACGCUGGCGGAGCGUAUCAGGUCAGCCGGUGCUGGAAUCCCAGCGUUCUACACACCUACUGCUGUGAACACACUACUACAGGAUGGCAAGAUUCCCGCAAGAUUUGACAAGGAAGGCAAGGCGAUCGGAUUCGGUACGAAGAGGGAAGUACGGGAAUUCAAUGGCAAGAAGUUCCUAAUGGAGACUGCUCUGCCUGGUGAUGUAGCCAUCAUCAGGGCACACAAAGUCGACGAGGCGGGCAAUUGCGUCUUCCGAUACACCACAAAAGCCUUCGGUCCCAUCAUGGCCAAGGCUGCACGCCUCACCAUCGUCGAAGCUGAACACAUCGUCCCUAUCGGUACCUUUGACGCCAACGAGAUCGACCUCCCCGGUAUCUUCGUCGACCGCAUCGUCCCCGCUACAGUUCCCAAUAGCAUCGAGAUCAAGAAGCUGCGCGACCCCUCAUCCUCCGGCAAACCCGCAGCGGGACACCGCGCACGCAUCGCGAAGCGCGCAGCAAAGGAGCUCAAGCAGGGCUACUACGUCAACCUGGGUGUCGGCAUCCCAACAGAAGCAGCGACAUACGUUCCCGACGGCGUCAAGGUCUGGCUACAGAGCGAGAACGGCAUUCUUGGCAUGGGUCCUCACCCCACAGAGGAAGAAGUCGACGCCGACAUCGUCAACGCAGGAAAACAGACUGUCACUCUCCUCCCCGGUGCCUCGACAUUCGACUCCAGUGAGUCCUUUGGUAUGAUCCGCGGCGGCCACGUCGACGUAUCCAUCCUCGGCGCGCUGCAAGUCAGCGCCUCAGGCGAUCUGGCAAACUACAUGGUACCCGGAAAGGUGUUCAAGGGGAUGGGCGGCGCCAUGGAUCUCGUUAGCAACCCCGAGGCCACCAAGGUUGUCGUCGCGACCGAACACGUUGCUAAGGAUGGAAGCAGCAAGAUCGUCCAGGAGUGCAAACUGCCAUUGACCGGCGCAAAGUGUGUAAGCACUAUCAUUACAGAUCUGUGUGUGUUUGAGGUUGACAGGGUGAAUGGUGGGUUGACGCUUACUGAGAUUGCGCCGGGCGUUACUGUUGAGCAGGUUAGGGAGAAGACUGAUGCGAAGUUCAAAGUUGCGGAUGAUCUCAAGAGUAUGGAGGGUGAUGCUCAGAUUGAGGGUGCUUAGUUGAGUAUCUUGGACUUCCUUGUAGCAUACCCUAGAUAGCGUUCAGUCAAUUGCACGAUUACC